CGCUGCCCGCUGCUCGGGGGUGCAGAGCACCCUCUCCCGGCGCUGCCUGCGAGCAGCCUCGGGGAUUUUUUUUUAAUUAUUUUUUUCUUAAUUUAUUUUUUCUCUCUUUCUCUGCUGGGACAGCCCCGGCGGAAGCCGCCGGCCGGGGGGAUGCAGCGCCCCGCGCCCCGAGGCUGAGCGGCUCCGGCGGGGGGCUCCAUGGGCUGCACGGGCAGCGCCCUGCGCUGCUGCCCCGCCGGCGGCAAGAGACAGCUGAAAGCCCAGCAGGGACCGGCUUCCUGGGAGCUCACGGCCUUGAAGACAGAGAACGCCGAUGCUGCCCUACAGCAUGGAGCUGGGCAGGAGAAGGCAGCGCCGGGGGACGAGCAGGGCACAGAGGCUGCACAGCUGCUCCAGGGACAUGAGGAGGAGGAGGAGAGGCUGCGAGGAGCCCAGGGGACAGAGGCUGAGGGACCCCGAGGAGUUAGCACCCAGGUGGAAAAGGGAGAAGAGGUGGAGCUGAAGGAGCAGCUCUCGGAGCGGUUCGAUGCCCUGCGGAGAGAGCACGAGGAGACCCUGCAAGAGCUCCGGAGAGCGCACGAGCAGGAGAAGCUGCUGCUGGCGGAGACCCACCACAGGUCCCAGGAGGCCUUACAGGAGACAGUGGAGGCGCUGAGGUCCCAGCUGAAAUCCUUCCAGGAGAGGAUGAGGCGGGUGGAGGAAUCGCUGCUGAGCAGAGACUACAAGAAGCACAUCGAGGAGCACGGGAGCCCCAGCCCGUUCUGGGAGCAGGAGCUGGAGAGCCUGCACUUCGUCAUCGAGAUGAAGAACGAGCACAUCCACGGCCUGGACAAGAAGCUGCUGAACCUGGAGACCGUGGCGGAGAGGAACCUGCUGCUGGAGGAGAAGGUGAAAACCCUGCAGCAGGAGAACGAGGACCUGCAGGUGCGCACCCAGAACCACCUGGUGAUGACGAGGCAGCUCUCCGAGGAGCUGCUGGCCGCCCGCGGGGCGCUGGAGAAGGAGUCGCAGCUGCGGGAGCAGGCUCGCCGCGAGAAGGAGGAGCUGCUGUACCGCGUGCUCAACGGGGGGGACGGCUCCCCCUUCCCCAUCGCCGCUGGAGACGUGCCCCUCAUCGCCACGUAGCACCGACGGCGGGCUGGCCGGGCUCUCCUCCGGGCACGGGGCCCGGAGAUGCUGUCACGAGCGCCUCCACUCCCGGGGCUGGCCCUCGGGGUGGCCGUGUCCCCGCGGUGGCCCCCUGCACGGGGCGAUGGAGCACUCCAUGGG